CCGCGGUGUUUGCCUGGCACGCACCUGCCCUGUCUCCGGCAAACAGGACUACAACGUGGAUUGCAUCUGCCCAGAUUACUCAUCUGACCCACACCUCCCCUUUCCCUCGGGCGAAGUCUCUGGCGUGGAGUGGGGACAUCUGAGGUCUCCCGGCUGUUGACAAAGUGAGGGAAAGUGGCGCGGGCAGCGGGAGAAGAGGUGGAGGAGGGCGGAGAGCGCUAGAUAAAAGGACCUCUCGGUAGCGGGCGGCAGCGGCGAGAGCGCAGCGUCCGUGUGCUCCGCGAACCGGAGAGCAGGCGGGCACGAGGAGCCUGGGCGCCCAGAUCGCGAGAGGCGAGCCGGGCGGAGCGGGGCGCGGGCGCUGGGGGUGCGGGCCCGCGCGGUCCGAGGGCAGAUCGCGGCCUGGCGAGCCCCUGCCAGCAUCCGCGCGCGAUGAGCGAGGCCAGCCGCCUGUGCUCCGGCUACUACAGCCUCAACCACAGCUUCGUGGAGCCCUUCCAGUGCCCCCGGCACGGCGAGGGCGCCGCGCUGCUCUACUGCUGUGGCUUCGCCGACCUCAAGUACUGCUGCAGCGAGCCGGGCAGCUACUUCCCCUACAAGCACAGCUACAUGUGGAGCCUCAGCGUUGGUGCUCUGAUUGGACUGGGAAUUGCUGCCCUUGUUUUACUUGCCUUUGUCAUCAGUGUCUGCGUCCUUUGCUAUUUAUUUCUAUACACGAAGCCUCAGACAUUAGACACUGGCCUUAAACUUCAACACCUGGAGGCUCCUUUCACCAGAGAAGGCAACUCGAACAGAAAAAUCAAAGCCACCAAUUCAAAUGCAGCAUCAAAUUCAACAAAUGAAACAUCCUACGGAGCUGAUGAUGUAAUUCAUGAAAAAAUCAACAUUGUUUAUUAAUGAAAAACCCUGUGUUCAAAAGGCUAAGGCUAAGGCUCACUGGAGAGAUGGAGCAAUAACAAUGAAGAAUACAUUUCAAAUGCAGUCGUAACAUUGCUUUUAAAAAAUUCAGCACUCACAAAAGCGAGACACAGGUGCAUUUUUGAACAUUCAAUUAAUUUAUUCAGUAUCCACUAAGGGUUUUUGAUAGAUUUCCAUGUGCAUAAGUUUAUUUUUAUCUGCUAAUUAGGAUGAUUUUGUACUACCUGACAUUAUGCUAACUCUUCAGGAUAAAUUAAAUAUAUCAAUAACAUAAGCAAACCUAUUUGAGUUUAUCUCAUACUACCAGCAUUUCAUUAUCUUUGUAAACUUGCCAGCAAUUAUUUUUUAUAAGAGAUGAUAUUGGAUAGGUAAAUCUCAGGGGGAACUGUAUUAUGAACUAGAAGUGGCAUGUUCUUAAGUCUCUCAGAAACUAACCCAUGCCUCCUUGGGGAUAUGGACUGCACACAAUAUAUUGGAUUUAUAAAAGCCAAUAUUCAAUAACAAAAAAUCACCAUGUAUAAUUUGCACAAUAAGUAUUCUGUGCAGCUCAAGAUAUAACCACAAUAAAAAUUCUUCACUGUUAAUUUCCUAAAGAAUCUCUGUAAGGAAAGUUACAAGACAAACAACUUCUUCAGUCCCAUCUAAUACUUUCACAUCAAUACCACCUAGGCAUCUAGAGAUAAAACCCGUUUCUGCAAGCUGUAAUUGUUUAACAAAAUUUUUAUUCCUACAUGUGAUUUCUAUUACAAGGACUCAGACCUGGUUUUUUAAUAGAAUUCAUCAUAACCUUAAGCCAGUGCUGCUGAACACGUUGGAAAACUAGACUUUCCAAAGGUGCUGGAUGCAGCUUCUCUGGCCUGGCACAGAGAGAGUGCUUUAUUGUUGUUGGGCAUACAGAGUAUAUGGUAAUUUUCCAUAAGAAUAUCUUUUAGACCAUCACUAAGAGAAGAUUCUCUGAUGGAAAUGGUCUUUAUCUGCACUGUCCGACCAGCUGACAUGUGUCUACUGGGUACUUGAAAUGUGGCUAAUGUGAAGGAAAAAUCAACUCUCAAAAAUUUCAGUAAUUUUAUGUGGCUACACUGAAUGAUCCCAUUCCAAACAAUUAUGGCAGUUAUCCUACUGCCUGAGAGAUUUCACUAUUUUGCCAAGGUUUAAAUAUUAAAAUUGCUUAGAGUGUUUGUGAAAUUUGAAAGUUGAGACAUUUCUAUUACAAAGAUAACAUUUUAUGUGGUCAUAAAUGCAAAGAAGUUUUAUUUAUUUUUGUGAGGGCCCAUAAAACCUUUGUAAGUAUUUGAUAUUUUAUAGUUUUGAUUCAGAAUAACCACAGAAAAGUUGCUACCUGAUACACAGGAGUCAGUAUUAUACUACUCUGUUGAAUGAGGUGAAAAUCCAGGUUGGUGAAGUUAAGGCACUGAGACAAUUCUAUUCUUGUUGCUCGAAGGAAAGGGCUAUUGCUACAUAUGACACAAAGCGCAAGGAACUAAGACUCAGAGGCCAGAAUAAUUUAAUGUAUGAGCGAAAUUCACGUCUUGGGAUUUAUAGCCCUUGCCUAUAUUCCUGCAUGACAAUGGUCUUUCCACUUUUUACUUACUGAAUUCAUUUAGUGGAGUAUUAAACCUGUGACUAUAGAAGUUUGUUAUCACAAAUUUUAAAAAAAAGAAAAAGCGAGGCAAUUAUCAUUAUAUUCCCAGAAUUGUAUAUGAGCUACAUGAAAUCUGUUAUUUUCAUCUUUUUUUUUUUUUAAGAUUUAUUUUAUUUAUUUGAAAGAGUUAGAGAGAGAGGUAGAGAUAGAGAGAGAGGUCUUCCAUCUGCUGGUUUACUUCCCAGAUGGCCACAACAGGAGCUGUGCCGAUCUGAAGCCAGGAACCAGGAGCUUCUUCCUGGUCUCUCACAUGGGUGCAGGGGCCCAAGGACUUGGGCCAUCUUCUACUGCUAUUCCAGGCCAUAGCAGAGAGCUGGAUCGGAGGAGAAGCAGCCAGGACUAGAACCAGUGCCCAUAUGGGAUGCCGGUGCUUCAGGCCAAGGUGUUAACCCGCUGUGCCACAGCGCCGGCUCCUGUUCUUUUCAUCUUAUAAAAAAUUAGAAAAAAAAAAAAAAAAAGACUCAGUGCCAGUAACCUGCUCAUUACCUCCUUUUCCUCCCACCCUGUGGGGAAGGUACAAUGGAGUUGGUCAUGGCUGGAUGCAUUAUAGGUUGCGUUCUAGGAGAGGUGCCACAAUUCUGCCAAUUCAUAUAUUUUUAAAGGAGUUGUGGUCUGAAGAUGCUAGCCUUCACACCUGUGGUACUGUCACACUGGCCUAAAACACCCACUGCCCAGGAAGCUCAAAUCCCAGAACAAGAUGAGCUGGAGUCCUUGAAGUGCUCCCUUGCUGAGGCAGCUUA